AUGGCAGAGCAGAGCACCGCGGUAUCAAUCUUCGACCACGAUCUUCGACAGAACAUCUCGCAGCGCAUCGCUCUUCCCAAGCUUGGACGAGAUGCGACCUGGUGCAAAGUCUGUGGAAAGUUCUGUUACAAUGACUUGCUGGAGAAAUUCGACUACACCUGCCAGUACUGCGGCUGUUUCCUCAAAGGACGUAAGCCCGCAGGACCAGGAGGUGGGGCACCGCAACCAGCAGACGCCCAUCAUGGUUCUGGGACUUCGGACGUGGAAAAGGCGGCCUUGGAGCGCAUUAUCGCUAAGGGAGGUGCAGCAGCUGAGCAGGCAAAGUUACUUCGUGAGACCUUGGUCAAUCAAAUCCCCGCUGCUGCACCAUCGAAGCCUGCAUCUGUCAGGCUCACGGAGGCGACGCAGAAGGUUGAGCGGGCCGAGGCCAGCAUGGACAAGGUGGCUAAGCGUGUUCUCCGUCUCGAGCAAGAGCUUGGAGAAGCUAUGGAAUUCUACCGAGAUUGUGCGAGCAACUUGGCAGAUGCUAUUGUGGCGCAGGAGCUCGUGGCCAAAGAGCUGGCGCCUGCCCCGCCGUCGUCUCCUUCUGAGUUGGGGAAGCUGGACGUCCGUCAGUUUCUGGAUCAGAAGGCGGAGCUCAACCUCAGCUUCGGGGGGCUCUUCGACGACGUGGAUCUUGAGGACAGCGAUCGCGAGGAGUUCGAAAGGCGCAAAAGCAAUUUCGAGACGGAGUUCCGCGCGGCUUUGGAUUCGCAGUUCCGCAAGGUGGCGGAGAAUUUGGCCUCGCAGCAGCAGAAGAAGGCGAAGGAGGAUCCGGUGAUGCAGUUGGCGCUGAG